CUGGCUGGGUUUCAGGUUAAAAUCUCCGACUUUGGGCUGUCCCGGUCGCUUGGUGUCGGUGAGGAUUACUAUCGAAGUGAGUUCUCAACGUCGCUGAAGUUGCCAAUCGCCUGGUGCGCACCUGAGUGUAUCAAUUUUCUCAAGUUCACGUCAGCAUCGGACGUUUGGUCGUUUGGUGUGACUCUAUGGGAGAUGUUCUCUUACGGUGAAAUGCCCUGGAAUGGAAAGACCGGCGCUGCUGAGGUUUAUGAUCAUUUCAAAAAUUUGAUUUUCGGGUUGGUAGAGGGCCCAAUACUCCGGUCAUAUGGAUAG